GGAGACCCCUAGCUUGUACACAAGCGCCAUUUUGGUUGAACGCAGGGACUAAAGUGGUAACAAGCAUUUCGUUUGUGGAACAGAACUUCGCGACAACCAAUUAUUCAUUUAAACCAUUGGAUGUGUUGUCGUAUAGUUGUAUUAAACGCGGUACUUCGUGAACGUCGUUUUAUUAAAAAAUAAUUUUAGGCACAGAUACCUAGCUAGCUAAGUCAUUUCAGUUUGUGAAACGGAAGAAAGAAGAAAACAGUCGGAGGUCAAGAAAGGCCUAGUGAACGGCCUACGUCGAGACGAAAUUAUUGAGAAGACAUUGAUAUAAAAACAGCAAGCUACAUUUGGAUAGUGAGCGAAACCGCAUAAUGGCCGACGACUUUGAUAUAGAAGCAAUGCUUGAGGCGCCUUUCAGAAAGACUCCCCUAACGAUAUCUCACCUCUACUCCCAUGAAUUCCAGUGUGAACUGUCAAAACAGAAAGGAUGAGCUCAGGUCCAGUAGUGCCAACGGCCAUGAAGAGCGUAGUAAGAAGAAAAAGAAGAGUAAAAGUCGUAGCAGGAGCCGCGACAAGCGCAGGAGCCGCAGUCGGGACCGCAAGAAGAGCCGGGACAGGAAGAGGAGCAAGAGCCGCGAGAGGAAGAGGAGCCGCAGCAAGGAGCGCCGCCGCUCCCGCUCCCGCAGCCGCGAGCGCGGAGGCCGAUACCGAGUCCGCAAGAGCCCGUUUGCUGGGCCGAAAUUUAACGGUGGCCCCAGGGGGAAGAUUGGCCCACCACCAGCCAUCAAACUAAGCCGGAGACGGUCUAGAAGUCGCAGCCCGUUCAAGAAAGACAAGAGCCCCGUCAGGGAGCCCAUCGACAACCUGACCCCAGAGGAGAGGGACGCUCGCACCGUCUUCUGCAUGCAGCUGGCUGCUCGCAUCCGGCCCCGCGACCUGGAGGAGUUCUUCUCCGCCGUGGGAAAGGUGAGAGACGUGAGAAUGAUCUCGGACAGAAACUCCCGGAGGUCGAAGGGCAUCGCGUACAUCGAGUUUGUGGAGGCCACCUCCGUGCCCCUGGCCAUCGGCCUCACGGGCCAGAGGCUCCUGGGGGUGCCGAUCAUCGUCCAGGCCUCGCAGGCUGAGAAGAACAGGGCCGCCGCCAUGGCCAACAACCUGCAGAAGGGCAGCGCGGGGCCCAUGCGGCUGUACGUGGGCUCCCUGCACUUCAACAUCACCGAGGACAUGCUGCGGGGCAUCUUCGAGCCCUUCGGCCGGAUUGAAAGCAUUCAGCUGAUGAUGGACAGCGAGACGGGCAGGUCCAAAGGAUACGGUUUCAUCACGUUCGCGGACGCCGAAUGCGCCAAGAAGGCCCUGGAGCAGCUGAACGGGUUCGAGCUGGCCGGCCGGCCCAUGAAGGUGGGGCACGUGACGGAGCGCACCGACGCCUCCACCGCCAGCUCCUUCCUGGACAGCGACGAGCUGGAGCGCACCGGCAUCGACCUGGGCACCACCGGCCGCCUGCAGCUCAUGGCCCGGCUCGCUGAGGGCACUGGCUUACAGAUUCCCCCAGCUGCCCAGCAGGCCCUGCAGAUGAGUGGAUCCAUACCCUUUGGAGCCAUGGCAGCUGUAACAGAUUUACAAGCCAGGUUGACUCAGCCCCCUGAAGCUGCAGCCAUGAACCCGGGAGCCUUGAACCUGAACCUCAACAUGAACAUGAACGUCAACACCCCUCUGAACCUACCAACGCAGCCCAUCGCCACGCACUGCUUCCAGCUGUCAAAUAUGUUCAACCCUCAGUCGGAAGAUGGUCCUGGCUGGGAUGUUGAAAUUCAAGAUGAUGUCAUAGAAGAAUGCAACAAACAUGGCGGAGUUGUGCACAUAUACGUCGACAAGAAUUCUGCACAAGGAAACGUGUACGUGAAAUGUCCGACCAUUCCCGCCGCCAUGGCAGCCGUGAAUGCGCUGCACGGACGGUGGUUCGCAGGGAAAAUGAUCACCGCUGCGUACGUUCCCCUCCCCACGUACCACAACCUGUUCCCCGACUCCGUGACGGCCACUCAGCUCCUAAUGCCCACCCGCCGAUGAUUCAGCCAAGAGCCGCGUCGAGCGCGAUGCGAUUGAAUGCCUACUGGUUUGGAUUGUACAUAAUUGAAAGCUUUUUCUUUUUUUGAGACAGUUGGACACAUACUGAUUAUCAUCUCUCCGGUCCUGAGUAGCAAAUUUUGGCACAAUCUCCAUUUAUUUUAUUCUUUUUAUUUUUUUUUUUUUUUUAUCUCCCGAGUCAUCUGAAGAAUAAAUUCCCUUUCCCAUGACCUGUAAUUCUUGAGGUUUUUCUUUCAGGAAAAAAAAGUUUGAUGUCAGAAGCCAGGCUUCAUUAGUGUUACUGCAUCUGUACAUAAGUUACACUGUGCGUGAAGUCUACACAUCAUAGAGGGACGUGUUCUGUGCAGCUCGCCGGUCGAUCUUACUCAUUGGCCCUUUUAACAUCUCUGUUCCUUUUUUUUGUACAUACAGUUGGAAUGUUUUUCACUGAGACAGUGUAGAAUCGACUUGCCUUCAAACACCAAAAAAACAACAAAAAAAACGAAACUAUUUUCAACCUUCUGAGGAGAGCGAACGUUGUAACUUUACUUGUCCAUCUGCAUAGUUGGUGUUUUCAGCUCUAUGAGCUCUGAAAUCUAAUUGACCGAUUUAUUCAUUUGUGUUGAUUAGGAGACCACUCGGUAUUUCUUAAGUAUCUGUUUUGUAAUCAAGAUUUGAUUUUGUAAAGAACUCUUGAUUAAAAUUAAUUUCCAAUAAAGUUAUUGUCGUGGUCAA